CCAUACACCAGCUGGUAAGAAAGUGAGUUUCCUUUGACGCUUCAAACGUUCAUACUACUCCUGCUGCUGCCGCCGCCGCUACUAUGGGCUAUAGCCGAACGUCCCGAACCUGAACCUUCUCUCUUCUGUCUCUUCGCACGUAGAUACUCUCCUAAACCAUGCUUCAGAAAUUGUUUUUUUCUUGAUUCUGCCAUUUUCAGCGUUCAUUUCUUCUUCCCAAAAUGGGUAUUUCUCAAGCAGACGCAGACACAGAAAGAUUGCAUGCCGUUUGAGGAAGGGGUUUUCUGAACCAGGUCUCCAAGCUCAAGAAGCAAUGGCGGAUAAAGACCCAGAUUUCGCUUCUCCCAAACUCCCCACCACCACCCAGAUUGUGGAAGAGCUCAAAGAGCUCUGGGCCAUGGCUUUGCCGGUGACGGCAAUGAACUGCUUGGUGUACGUCCGGGCGGUGGUUUCCGUCCUCUUCCUGGGCCGUCUAGGGAGCCUAGAACUCGCCGGUGGCGCCCUCUCCAUCGGCUUCACCAACAUCACCGGCUACUCCGUCCUGAACGGCCUCUCCUCCGGGCUGGAGCCGGUGUGCAGCCAGGCCUACGGCAGCAAGAACUGGGAUCUCCUCUCUCUCUCUCUGCAACGCAUGGUCUUCAUCCUCCUCAUGGCCAUCGUCCCCAUCAGCCUGCUCUGGAUAAACCUCGAGACGAUCAUGGUGUGGAUGGGCCAGGACAAGGAGAUCACGGCAAUGGCCGCGACCUACUGCAUCUACUCUCUGCCGGACCUUUUCACAAACACUUUGCUACAGCCGCUGCGGGUGUAUCUCCGGUCGCAGGGCGUGACGAAGCCCAUGAUGUACUGCAGCCUGGUGGCAGUGCUGUUCCACGUGCCCCUGAACUUCGUGCUGGUGGUGGUGAUGGGGCUGGGCGUGCGCGGGGUGGCGGUGGCGUCAGUGGUGACAAACCUCCAUAUGAUGCUGCUGAUGACCGGAUACGUGUACGCGUACGGGCGGUGGGAGUGGAAGUGGACGGCGGGGAUUGGCGGGGUGUGCGGCGGAGUGGGGCCGCUCUUGCGGCUGGCAGUCCCUACUUGCGUCGGGAUUUGUUUGGAGUGGUGGUGGUACGAGAUCGUGACCGUCCUUGCCGGGUACUUACCCAGGCCGAGGCUUGCCGUUGCCGCCACCGGGAUCCUCAUCCAGACCACCAGCCUCAUGUACACUGUCCCCAUGGCCUUGGCAGGCUGCGUCUCAGCCCGGGUAGGGAACGAGCUUGGAGCCGGGAAGCCAUACAGGGCCAAGCUGGCUGCAAUGGUGGCACUAGGUUGUGCAUUCUUGAUCGGUCUCAUGAACGUUACAUGGACGGUUAUCUUCAGAGAAAGAUGGGGUGGCCUAUUCACCACCGACGAGCCAGUCAAAGCGCUAGUCGCUUCAGUUAUGCCGAUCAUGGGGCUCUGCGAGCUUGGCAAUUGCCCACAGACGACCGGCUGUGGCAUCCUACGCGGCACUGCCAGGCCCGCCGUGGGCGCCCGCAUCAACCUAAUCUCAUUCUACUUUGUGGGCACUCCCGUAGCCGUGGGCUUAGCCUUCUGGCUCAGGUUUGGCUUUGGCGGGCUGUGGUUCGGCCUCCUAUCGGCUCAGGUUGCCUGUGCUGUGUCGGUCCUCUACGUCGUGUUGUCACGCACAGACUGGGAAGGUGAGGCUUCGAAUGCUAGGAAGCUCACUGGGGGUGGCUUGGAAAUGAGCAAUGCUCCUAGUCAUUGCAACGGAAAGACUGAAAAUGAUGAAGAGAGAAAAGGGUUUUUGGUGAGUGACAAUCUGGAUGAUGUUUUGUAACUUGGGAUGGAUUGAUGGAUCAUCGGCAUGGGGAAUGGUGCCAGUAUUAGCCUUUUGGCUGUUUAGUUUGCUUUUUUGAUGGCAGGGCUCUGAUGCCUUGUUACCUAAUUUUAAGAGUUCUUUUUUUGGGGUUUUUUUUUGAGGCACGGGGGCUGUGAAUGAAGAGAUGUCAUCGCCCAUUACAACUCUAUGCUUUUUGAAUACAUAUUACAACAUGCCAGACAUCAUCUUCCAUGCCAUGUAAGGGCAGAGGCAUUGGCCUGAAUAGAAAAGAAAUAGUUGUUGGAAUUUGAACCCUUUA